GAAGACGGCAAUGACAUCAGAGACUGCAGCACGCAGCGCGGCGACACCUCAGAGAGUCUGGGUGUGGACGCCCCUGGCUCCUCCCACAUGGCCAGUCACAACGGGGAGCUGCAGAUCCUAAGCGUCUACGGAAAAGGGGAGGGCCCACUGGCGGUGGAUGGUUGGUGGAAGGUUUCUCUCAACAAUGCCAAUAUGAUCGUACACAUGAGGACCCGACCAGACGAGAAGCCGUACGGGUGCGACCAAUGCAAGAAGCGCUACAUACGGGAAGACUUCCUGAAGAUCCACAUGAGGACUUGCUCUGGGGAGAGGCCCUACAGCUGUGACCAAUGCACGAAGAGCUUCAGUCAGCUAAACGUACUGAAGAACCACAUGAGGACUCACACCGGGGAGAAACCCUACAGCUGUGACCAAUGCACGAAGAGCUUCAGUCGAAGUAACGUCCUGAAGAACCACAUGAGAACGCACUCCGGGGAGAAGCCCUACAGCUGUGACCAAUGCACAAAGCGCUUCAGUCAAAGAGAACACCUGAAGGGCCACAUGAAGACUCACACCGGCGAGAAGCCCUACAGCUGUGACCAAUGCAUGAAGCGCUUCAUGCGGAAAGACGCUCUGAAGAACCACAUUAGUACGCACUCCAGCGAGAAGCCCUACGGGUGCGACCAAUGCACGAAACGCUACGGCCGGAGCUCGUCCCUGUGGAGCCACAUGAGGACUCACACGGGUCCUCAUGUGGCUCCGUGUGGACACGGGGAGAAGCCCUACAGCUGUGACCAAUGCACGAUGCGCUUCAGUCAGCAAAACCACCUGAAGAGCCACAUGAGGACUCACAAGCCCUACAGGUGUGACCAAUGCACGAAGAGCUUCAGUCAGAGCAACGAUCUGAAGAUCCACAUGAGAACGCACUCCAGGGAGAAGCCCUGCAGGUGUGACCAAUGCACGAAGCGCUUCAGUUUGAAAGGCAUGCUGAAGAUCCACAUGAGGACUCACACCGGCGAGAAGCCCUACAGGUGUGACCAAUGCACGAAGUGCUUCAGCCAGAGCUCGUCCCUGAAAGUCCACAUGAAGACUCACACCGGCUAGAAGUUUAAUUUCUAAUGCGAGGCUAGUUCUAUUUCUAACAUUAUGAGAAUCAGGCCCUUUGUCCAAAAUUCGGAACUACCCCUUUAAAGGGAUGCUUUCACACCUGUAUCCAGGUGCUGCUUUUUUUUCAUCAUGAUUAAAUGCUUUCCAACUUUGAUUCGCCAUGUUUUUAUUUUUGAGAAAUUAUGUCUGUGAUGAAGAAUGACUUAGUUCUAGGACACUUCUGACUGCAAAACAUUUGAUUUAUUUUUAGAGCUUAAUCAUGGGAAGAAACAGGCAGCAAAUUUACCAAGCAUUCGUUCAGUAAGUUGCAAAUGCAAACUAUCUUAAUGCCUUUUAAUUAGAGGGGACGGGAGGUGUCUCUAGGUCCAAGGAGAAUGUAUAUAAAUUACUUUAAAUUGAUUAAUUAUAUAAACAGGGUUUAUAUCAUUUAUAUACAAUUGUAUAUUGGAGUUACGUUUGAUAUUUCCACAAGUAUGUCAUUACCUCUACCUUUUAUUAGAAAAAGCCUGCAAAGUUCACCUGUGAAAUAGACUGCAAUUAAACCCCACACAUUAUA